AAAUUGAAAUUGUAGUCUUUCUAAAAUAAAUUAUUCUUUUUAUUUUUUGCUACCAAAUUUGUAUGUAUUUCUGGACCAAAUCUCUUAAAGAUGCAGAAAUUCUUGGACCGGUUGCAGGACUUCUUCCGGUGCAACAGGUGGAAGAGUCAAGUAGCCGGGAAAAAUGAAGGAGCUUGUUGCCAAGGGGAACCGUCAAUGGAAAAUCCGAGAGAAAUACUUCCGCCGCCUGUGUUGGAGGGCGAGAUGCCUACAUACUUUCAUGUGGGUGUUCUGGCGAAGUUGUCUCUCCUCGAUGGCUACAAUAACGGUGUGUGGAGGCUGCAGACCACCACGAGGACGGAGAACGAUCUCUAUCUGAGCGGCUUUGGCGGUGGCUAUCCGUUGAUAACCAACGCCUGUGGCGGCAUGGAGGUGUUACAAGAGAUGGGUCCCUACCAUGCCUCCCUCUGCUGGCUAACUGAUCAGGAGUUCCUGUCCGACGUCGGUGUACAAGGAGUGGCCUUUGGCGGGCAAUGGAUAUCCGUCUGCAAGUUGGGAGCUGCCAACAUGGCUGACGAAUGGCAAUUCACCGGCAAGUUGAAAUGUGGUUUCGAUCGCAAUCCCGUAAAGGUGGAACUAGAAAUACCCAUUUACCGGCAACCCCUUUUCAAGGGCUACCUUAUGUUGGCUCCAGCCAAACACUUCCUGUUGGGCUACCGAACGGUCUUUGACUUAGGGGUCAGGAAGUUCGGCAUGCACGCCUUUUGCAUGGGCUUUGAUAACCAGACCACAGAAGUGGCCCUCAAGUUAGAGAAUUUCAAUCAGCUUCGAGGUUCGAUCUUCCAACGCCUUGGUGAAAAUUGGGCAUUUGCCCUAAAGACGGACUUGUAUGGCAACGUGGGUCAGAAGAACUUCCAUAUUGGGUGCCAGUACGAAUGGGAACCGGGCUCUCUGAUUAAGGCCAAAAUUACGGGAGAUGCUCGUUUGGGUUUCAUCUACCAGCGGAAACUUAGCAAAGGCAUUGAGGUUCUUUUUAACUGCUGCUUUGAUGGAAAAGACCCACUCAAUGGAGACAUUAGGCUGGGCGCUGCGUGGUACUUUAAUGUAUAGACGAUUUAAAAUUUUGGUUUAAGUGGUCCAAAGUCUUUUUUAA